AACAGUGGUUCUACUUCAGGGAGGGGAGGGGUUGCAAGAUAAUGUGGUUUAUUGACUGAGGUGAAAGUGUAAAUUUCUCUCGUUUCGAAGGAUACUGGAAAUGUCAGCUCUUAAAAAUCCUUACAGUGGCCGAUGGAAAAAACUAUUUUGAUACAUUGCAUGAUUUUUACACCACAUAACGUCUGCGCUGAUCGCGGACUCUAGCUGUCAGUUUCAAAAUGGCGGCGGCAGUGAAGAGAAAACCGGAAUCUGUUGUGCCGCCAGAAGAAAGUGAUUUGCUCAGAAUAACGCCACUGGGAGCUGGGCAAGAAGUUGGUCGGUCAUGUCACAUCCUGGAAUUCAAAGGAAAGAAAGUGAUGCUGGACUGUGGAAUUCAUCCUGGAAUGUCAGGAAUGGAGUCUCUACCUUUUCUUGAUGAAAUUGAUACAGCAGAAAUUGAUCUUCUCCUUGUCAGUCACUUUCAUCUAGAUCAUUGUGGAUCGCUUCCUUGGUUUUUGGAAAAGACAACAUUCAAGGGAAGGGUGUUUAUGACACAUGCAACCAAAGCAAUAUACAGGUGGCUUCUUUCAGAUUAUGUCAAGGUUAGCAACAUUGCAACAGAAGACAUGCUGUACACUGAAUCAGAUCUGGAAAAGAGCAUGGACAAGAUUGAAACCAUUCAUUUCCAUCAGGAAAAAGAAGUUAAUGGGAUUAAGUUCUGGUGUUACCAUGCUGGUCAUGUUCUUGGGGCAGCCAUGUUCAUGAUAGAAAUUGCUGGUGUAAAGAUUCUUUAUACAGGAGAUUUCUCUCGACAAGAAGAUCGUCAUCUGAUGGCAGCAGAGAUCCCUAGCAUUUCUCCUGAUGUUCUCAUAAUUGAAUCUACUUAUGGUACUCACAUUCAUGAGAAGCGAGAAGACAGAGAGAACAGAUUUACAAGUACUGUCCAUGAUAUAGUAAACCGUGGAGGAAGAUGCUUGAUUCCUGUCUUUGCUUUGGGGCGAGCUCAAGAGUUGCUUCUCAUUCUUGAUGAGUAUUGGCAAAAUCAUCCUGAGCUUCACGAUGUUCCAAUCUACUAUGCUUCACAACUGGCCAAGAAAUGCAUGUCAGUGUUCCAAACAUAUGUCAAUGCAAUGAAUGAGAAAAUCAAGAAACAGAUCGCCAUUUCUAAUCCAUUUGUGUUCAAACACAUAUCGAACCUGAAGGGUAUUGAUCAGUUUGAUGAUAUCGGCCCCUCGGUUGUAAUGGCAAGUCCUGGAAUGAUGCAGAGUGGCUUGUCACGUGAACUCUUUGAGCAAUGGUGUACCGAUCGUCGAAAUGGUGUGAUCAUAGCUGGUUACUGUGUAGAGGGGACACUAGCCAAGACUUUGAUGUCAGAACCUGAAGAAAUAGCGACCAUGACAGGACAAAAGAUUCCACGCAAAUGUUCUGUCGACUACAUUUCAUUCUCAGCUCACACGGAUUUCGAACAGACAAGUGAAUUCAUUCGAAUUCUAAAGCCCCCUCACAUUGUGCUGGUUCACGGUGAACAGAACGAAAUGGGUAGACUGAAAGCCGCUUUGAUUCGUGAAUACGAGGACAAUCCAGAUGCCAGUGUGGUGGUUCAUAACCCCCCUAAUACUCAAAGUGUAGAGCUCUAUUUCCGGGGGGAGAAAAUGGCCAAGGUGAUGGGAAGUUUAGCCGCCGAAAAGCCUGAGCACGGAAAACCAUUGUCGGGAAUUCUUAUCAAACGAGGCUUUAAUUAUCAUCUGAUUGCACCAGAUGAUCUCCAAAAUUACACAGAGCUAUCCACGAGUGUUCUUACUCAGAAACAAACUGUGGCUUUCCACGGUGCCUUCUCCCUUCUUCUGCAGUGCAUGGAGAACUUAGCUGGUGAGGUGGAACAACUCUCAUUACAGGGAGGCAAACUCGCCCUGAAAGUGUUUAAAGCUGUCACAAUCGUUCAGGAGAAACGAAGCGUUGUUGUGGAGUGGAUAGCAAACCCUGUGAACGACAUGUACGCCGAUGCUGUCCUGGCCGUGAUUUUACAAGUUGAAUCUAAUCCCACAGCUGUUCAAGCUGCUCGUGCUAAGAAGCCAGAUAUAAGCCAGUUUCCAGAAAGACUGAUGAGGCUUUUAAGCGGCACUUACGGCGAGGAUGCUGUGACAAGAACCACAAAAGGAGACCAAAUCUCCGUCAAGUUGGACGGACAGAUAGCUGUCAUCGACCUUGAGACACUGGAGGUAGAAUGCUUGGAUGAAAGUCUACAGAGUCACGUGGCCUGUACGGUGAAACGACUUCACAAUACUAUGGUACCUUGCCAUUCCUGAGAUAAAUGGAGAUGAACGACACCCUCAGGAUGAAAAAAAGCAUGUAAAAUCAAGUUAAAAAACGCACGUAGUCGCCUGUAACUUUAAAUCCCUUUUAGAAACCUUCACGUGCAGUAUCACGCCUAUAAAAGUAAACAGAGAUGUCUUUUGCAUCUCACGGUUUCAUUUGACCUUAUAUUUUACAGAGAG